AGACAAUAACCCAUUUAUCCUGCCUGUUGCAUCAUUAUGCUAUAAAUUAGCUGAAAUUCGUGUUAAAGAAUAUAUACAUUAUCGUGAAACUCAAAUUUUUCAAUCAACAACUUUUGAUUCUUUUAAUUCAACAUCGUCAUCAUCAUCUCCACGACGAUAUUCAACUGACAAUAAUGAUUUCAAUGAAAUAACUACUGUUAUGGAUGCUUUACGUUUAUUGAGAAACUGUUUAAAUUUAAUAUCAGUUCAUGAAAAUUUUUCUAAUGUGUCAGAUCUAUCAGGUUUAUCAUUUAAUCCAGCAACUACAUCACCUGGAAUACAAGAUUUAAAAUUUCGUGCAGUAUUAUUACUAUGUCGAUUGUAUCUAAUUACACCUACAAAUGUGAUUAUGACAUGUUUUAAAGAUAUACAAGGAUUGGUAUGUGCAAGUCGAGAGACUGUUAGUGUAAAUAUUGAACAAUUUGGAAAAUCUUUGAAUUCUUCAGAAUUAAAUACAUUUACUUUAUCUGAUGAAAAUGAACAAAUUACUGGCACUACUACUAAUAAUAAAAAUUCAACAUUAGUUUCAAUCAAUUCCAAUCGUAAUUAUUUAGGUUCAAUGAUUAUUGAUGCACUGAGGAAAUCGAAUACAUCGCAACUUUCUGAAUUAGCUAUAUCAAUUCUUGGCUCCUUCAAUCGUAAUCUCGCUUAUGGUCACCAUCGAUCUAAUCUAACUAAUACAAAUGAUCGGGAUAAAAUGCUCACACCAUAUUCCUCAUCAGUAAACAAUCAUCACCAUCAAAAUUGUUCUGCCGAGAGUUACGAUAAUGACAGUAUAAUGAAUAAAAAUAAUGAAAUGAAUGACUCACAAACGUAUUCUUUACCAUUUGCUGUAUUAAAAUCUUAUAUUGCUAAGUCAGAAGAAUUAUGGUUCAUGGUAUAUCAACAAAUGCAUCAUACUGAUACCAUAUUGAAUCCAAUUGUAAUUGAAUCAUUAAACAUGAUAUUUCAGUAUACUUUACCAGCUUUAAUGCUUCUUGAACAUUUAGUUCCAGAUAGGUAUACACAUUGUUUUACUCCUAAUGAACAACAUGAAAAACAAAUACAACUAUCUAUGAAAAAACCAAUUUGCCCAUACUGUUAUUCUUCAUGUGAUCUAAUUAAAGACUCAUUAGAUCGUUGCUGUUUAAGUGAUACAUUAUUUAUUGUAAGUUGUCUAUUUUCUGCUGCAUUUAUUUCUUAUCCGGAAGCAAUUAAACGAACUAAUCUUAUCACCACUUCAAAUCACCAUUAUCAACAAGAUAAAAAGGAUUCGGAAUUAUUAACUCCUUCAGUUGAUAAGUUUAUCAUGCAAUCAGCUUGUGAACAAAGUAAAAUGCAAAUGCAAAUCUAUUUGAAUACUGUUUUAUCUGGUCCAGUUAAAUUAUCGAAAAAAUUAUCAUCUAGUAUUGAAAAAUUUUCUGACGAUGACUCUUCUGGUAUUUUAACAAAAUAUACUAAUUGGUUCAAUGCUCUAAAUUUAGCCGCUUGUUGUUUACAACGUGUAUUUCUUCAAUCGACAAAUACUAUUAAUCGUCAACAGCGCCAACAUCAUUCACGUAGAUCGAACUCGUCAAUGAUGACGAUAAUGAAACAACGAGCUAAUAAAUUUGAAUCUUCUCAUGAUUUAAAAGCGUAUAUGAAUAAAUUAAAAAUUACCAAUGACUGGUGGUCAGUAUUAAUGAACAUGUUUGUAUGCUGUUUACGUAGUAUGUGGUUGGACUGUGUUAGUGAUAAUCAAGAUCAGAUCAUUCAUUUAAACUUCAAUAAAUUCUUAGAUCAAUAUCUAAAUAUUCUAUUAUGUAAUCCAUUUGAUUCUUCAUGUAGUACUACUACUACUACUACAUCUACUGAUAUUGUUGAUGUAACAAAUAAUAAUAAUAAUAGUAGUAUAAGUAUGGUAUCAUAUCAGUUGAUUGAUACAAAUGAAUUUCAAUUAUACAAACUAUUGGCAUUAUGUUCUCAGUCAUCAUCAUCAUCAUCAUCUUCAACAUCAUUGUUACCAUGGGCGAAUAAAUUAAGUUCAUUGAAAAAAUGGCGAUCUAAUGAAGAUCAUCUGUUACCUAAUGAAACAUUAUAUUUUAAUCAACAAUAUUAUUCUAAAACAUCCAUUUUAAAUAAUAUGCAAAAUUAUAAAAAAUUUCAAUUUUCAUUAACUACAGUUUGUUUAGCUCGAUCUAUUGAAACAUUAUUACAUUAUCAAUUAUGUAUAAAUCAUAAUGAAAUACCAUCCAUACAAAUAUGUUUAGAUUUAUUACUUACAACUAAUGAAUAUUUAUCAAUUUGUUUAGAAGAAUUCAAAACUAUUCAGGGUGAUAAAUUGGAAUACUUAGACAUAAUUAAUAAUGUAUUAAAACAAGUUUUACGUUAUCUCCCAUCGGAUCUCACUCCUUAUUCAAUUACAUCAUCGUCAACUACUAGUUCACCCACGACUACAGAAAAUGAUAGCACCAACAACAACACGACUGUCAAUAAAGACAUUUUGCGAAUUUUUGUUAAUUUACGUUUACACCAGUUAAACGUUAUGCUUUUACGACAUCAUCAUGGUGUAACAUUUAAACGUGGCAAAUCACAAACUCCUGCUUGGUUUACAAUGAUUACACAAGCUAGAACUACAUUAGAUUGGCAUGCUUCUUAUUUAGCUAGUAAUACUAAUAUUAUCGCUUCUAAGGGGGAAGAUAAACACUUGAACAUUGAUUUACAAGAUGUGAUUUUACAUGUGACUUUGUUAAGUCAUCUUGUCAGUUUGCAGACAGUAAAUCAAGAUGUAUUAUCUAUAUUCGGUAUUCAAGCUAUUCUUCGAGAUAUUUGUAGAAUUCAUCCUAUCCUAAAAUUAUUGAUCAGUUCUUCUGAUUAUUUUACAACAAAUCCAUUAUAUUCUAAUCUACAAGGUCCCUUAAAUUCAAUUUCAAACAAUUUAACUAAAUUAUGUGAUACACUAGCUAGAAAAUCACAAACUAAACGUGAAAAUAAAUCUGACUUAAAAUUAACUAACAGUCAACAUGUCAAGAAAACGAAACAAAAGAAUAGUGGUAGUAACAACAAUCGACUGACAGAACAAAACAUCUCAGAAACUAAUGAUCAUUAUCAUGAAAACUUUUCUCCAGAAUCUUUAUUACUGUCGAACAUAAAAAAGCAGCAACAACAACAGGAUAAUUUUUUAACAACAAAACAAACUAUCAAUGAAGCAAACAAUUCAUCAUCACCACAACCAUCAUGUCAAGCAUUCAAUAAUCACUGUCAAGUUCUACAAUGUCAAAUUGAACAUUUAACAAAGUAUUUAAGUGAAUUAUGAGAAAUAAAAGCGUAAAAAAAAGAAGAGUAAAUAACUAUCCUACUCAUAUAUUUAUUUUUUUAUUCACACUACCUAAGCUUUCUGUCCUCCUGUUUCAUAUGUAGAAAUUUUAUUCAUUCCCUCUUGUAUUUAACAUAGAUAUUUCUCAUUUUCAUUUGUAUGAUACACGAUUAUUAUUGUCUUUAUAGCCUUCAUAUUCUUUGAAAGUAACUUUGUUUGCGUUUUACACUUUGCAUAAACUAAUUCAAGAUGAA